CGGCGCUGGGGCCGGCGCGGCUCCGCUCUGCGGAGCGGACGGGAGCGGAGCGGCCGCCGCUGCCGCCGCCCAGGAGAGGAGCCACAGCCGGAGCCGGAGCCGGAGCCGUGGCCGUGGCCGGGCCGGCGGCAGGCAGCCUGUCCUGCAAUGACCCAGAGCACCUGAGGCCCGGCAGCUGUGGGGAUGGAGCUGAAGGUCUGGGUGGAUGGGAUCCAGAGGGUCGUGUGUGGAGUCUCGGAGCAAACCACCUGCCAAGAAGUGGUCAUCGCCCUGGCACGGGCCAUUGACGGGCCGCUAUGUGCUGGUGCAGAAGCUGCGGGAGAAGGAGCGGCAGCUGCUGCCGUUGGAGUGUCCCCUGGAGUCGCUGGCCAAGUGUGGGCAGUAUGCCAACGACGUGCAGUUCAUCCUGCGGCGGACGGGCCCCAGCAUGGCCGAGCGGCCCUCCUCGGAGGGUGCUCCCCAGGCUCCCGAGAGGACGUUCAUCCGGGCCAGCUUGCCCAUCAAGCCCAGGCUCACCAGCAUAGAUGGACCCCGUUCCAGGGAGCCCAAAAAAUCCAUGACCUUCAGCCUGGGUCCUACAGGCUCCAGCGACCUGUUCACCGUCAGCCGAUGGAGGCACCAAACACGGGAUGGGCUAGACUUGGAGGCUGGUGGUGUUGUCCAGCCCUCCAAGGAGGAGCUUUUUAGGAGAGUGCUGCAGCAGCAGGAGCAGCUGCAUUCCUUGGAGGCCCAUAGGGACACCCUAGAAAUGGACCUACGGCUCUGGGAGCGCAGCCGGCUUGCUGGGCAGGAGAAUGAGAUCCUCUAUCUGGAGCAAGUGGUGCGGAGGAAUGAGACGGAGCUGGGUGAGGAGGAGUUCUGGCAGAGUGAGCUCCGGCUGGAAAAGGAGUGCGAGCGGGAGCGACAGGAGCGAGUGAGGAGCCUGCGGGCCAGCCUGGAGGAGUACACCCAGAGGAUCUAUGAGCUGAGUGUCCGGACUGAAGCCCUGCAGGAGGAGAUCCAAUGGGAGAUGGCUGAGAGGGCCAAGAGGGGGAAGGAGAUCUCUAUGCCCAGCCCCAUAGAGCUGGAGGACAUGGCCACCAAAAUGAAAAGGGACUUGGAGGCCAAGGUCAAGCAAGGCACCCAGCUGGAAAGCAACUUGGCCAGUGUGGAGAAGGCCCUGGAGGAAGCUGAAAAGAACCUGCAGGCCCAGACCCAAGAGCUGGAGGAGUUAAAUAAGGAGCUGAGGCAGUGCAAUUUGCAGCAGUUUAUUCAGCAGACGGGGGCCACGGUGACCGUCCUGCAGGCCCGGUCCGAGGAGGACGCCCAGCCGGAGCCGAGCCCGUGCGAGCUGCCAGCCUACCGGAGAAACGGAGGUUUUUCUCCCACCGCUGGUACAGACUUGCCUCCCCAGGUCAGCACCAAGCAGCUCCUUGGCCAUCCCAGGACCCUGCCGGAGCCCCUGGUGUCCAGCCUGAACCCCGAGGUUGUAUCAACCAGGCAGAGCAUCUGGAGGUAGAAAGGUCCCAGGCAGUGGAGGAUCAAUUGUCUUCAAAGUGUAACUGUAUAAAUAAACCAUAUUAAAUAUAUAUAUAUAUAUUUUAUAUUUUUUUUACUGCUUUAUAUUGUGAAUGGAUGUGGAUGGCCAGACAGAAUAUUUUUACAGACUGUAAAGUAAAACUAGAGACUGAUCUCACAAAGCAACCCUCUUCCUCUGAGGAUGAAAGCGACUCCCUUCUAUUUUUUUAAGCAGUUUCUAUAUUGAACAGAAAACAGCAGUGCACCCAUUCUGCAUCUCCUCGUCAAAAGAUCCAUCGUGCAUUUGGAAAAGUCAUUGUUGCUUUGACUAGGAGAGCAAAGGUGCAGUGGAGACCCACGAGGAGGCUCACCUGGAUGGAGCAAGUUAACAGAUUUCAAAGCAACUCAUCACUGCAAGUGGGGCCAUGACAAACAGCCUCUUCACUGGCGGCAAGGGAGGCCCAGAAACAGUUUUAAGACAAAUUUCUGGCCCAUCUUUUUUUUAUGUAUAUUAUAAGAAACCUGUAGGAGAAACCACUUUCUAUGGUGCCGCAGACCACGCUUCAAGGAAGCACACAGCAGGAGUUGUUUUUCUUAAAUUCAUUUAAUCUUUCAACUUCUUUUUAAAGUAAAAAAUUGCAGAAUGAGCCCUUCCCCGGUGGUGGUGUGAGUGGGGAGCAGGACCAAAAUACUGUUGGUGACAUUUCCCUGAUAAUUUUUUUUUUAACUCGAUGGCCAGUAGUUACCAUUCUGUUCAUCUGU